AUGGUGAUCAAAACGAACAUUAGCACGGGCAGGCAUGAGCCCGCAGGAUCGACCGACAGUUACCAGGACAACCUUGAGACGGAUGUUCUGAUUGUGGGCGCUGGUUUCGGUGGCAUCUAUUUAAUGCACAAGCUUCGUCAACAGGGCUUCAACUGCAAGAUCUACGAGGCUGGUAAGGAUUUGGGCGGGAUCUGGUACUGGAACUGCUAUCCAGGUGCCCGAGUUGACUCUCAGGUACCAGUUUAUGAGUACUCAUUCCCCGAGAUCUGGAAGGACUGGACAUGGUCAACGCGAUACCCCGGAUGGGAGGAGCUUCGAGAGUACUUCGACCAUGUAGAAAAGAAGUUGGAUAUUAAGAAGGAUGUGGCUUUCGAGACUACUGUCACUGGUGCCCAAUUCGACAAACCAUCAGGCAAGUGGGUGAUCGAAACGGAGGAUGGCCGAACCGCGCGAGCUCGAUAUUUUUUGCUAGCAACAGGCUUCGCCGCGAAACGACACUUCCCAGACUGGAAGGGUGUGAGUGACUACAAGGGAAUCAUUCAUCACUCUUCAUUCUGGCCGGAGGAGGGCGUCGACGUCAAGGGAAAGCGUAUCGCAGUGAUCGGAACUGGCUCAACUGGGAUCCAGCUAGCUCAAGAUACUGCGAACCAAGGCGCCAAAGUCACCGUGUUCCAGCGGACGCCGAAUCUGUGUCUUCCGAUGCAACAGAGACCGCUCACCAGAGAAGAACAAGAAGAGGCAAAGGCGAAGUACCCGAGCCUCUAUGAGUAUCGACGUACCACCUUUGCUGGUUUCUUGUAUGAUUUUGUCCAGAAGAACACCUUUGACGAUAGCGAGGAUGAACGCGAGGCGUUCUACGAGAAGAUGUAUGAGAACGGUGGUUUCGAAUUUUGGUUGGCCAAUUACAAAGACCUGUUGUUCGACGAGAAGGCCAACAGAGCAGCCUAUGACUUCUGGGCCAAGAAGGCGCGGGCUCGUAUCACUGACCCAAGAAAGAGGGACAUCAUGGCACCUCUCGAGCCGCCGCACGCAUUCGGGACAAAACGACCAUCUCUGGAGCAGAACUUCUAUGAGAUGAUCGACAACCCAGAGAAUGAUGUGGUCGAUGUUAAAAAGACUCCAAUCAAGGAAUUCACCGAGACCGGCAUCGCAACAGAGGAUGGAACCCAUCGCGAGUUCGACAUUAUUGCUCUGGCCACUGGCUUUGACUCGGUAACGGGUGGGAUGAAGAAUAUGGGGUUAAGGAACGUUGAUGGAGUACCACUGUCCGAACUCUGGAAGACAGGAACGUGGUCGUACUUGGGCAUGUCGUGUGCUGGUUUCCCCAACAUGUUCUUCUUGUACGGCGCUCAGGGACCGACAGCCUUCAGCAACGGCCCUACGUGCGUCGAAUGCCAGGGAGAUUGGAUCGUCGAUGCCAUGACCAAAUUGAAGAAAGACGGUAUCAAGUACUGCGACGCUACCAACGAAGCUACGGAGAUCUGGCGGCAGAAAGUGACGGAAUUGUCGGACAAGACGUUAUUCCCAGGAACUUCGUCUUGGUACAUGGGCGCUAAUGUACCAGGCAAGCCUCGGGAGCAGUUGAAUUACGCUGGCGGAUUCCCGCUGUACGAGAAGGAGUGUCGGGAAGCGUUGGACAACGGGUUCCAGGGCUUCGUGACGGCACGCGAAGCCCUCGUCCUCGCCCAGAAAGCCCAUGGCCAUUGUCCGUAUCUGUCGUAUACCCUCGCUAGUACCAUGAGGACGGCCUUCUGGCUUGGUCGCCGUUGUCUUCAUCAAAGGAUCCGGCAAAGCGCACCAUUUGCGACACGUGCCUCGACGCGCCGCUUCACCCCCGACGCCGCGUCCUUCGUUCGCAGACGCAUUGCAAACCCUCGAUUUCCGUGCAAAACGAUACUAUGGUCAGGAGCAGGCGCAGCAGCAGCAGGCGGCGCGGUCCUCAGCCCUCUCGCAUUCGUCAAAAUAAGCAACGAUGAAACGGAUAUCGGAGACAAAACACAUGAAGAGGCCAUGUUGGAAGCAUCGAGGAAAGAACUCAAAGAGCAGGUGCCAAAGGCCAUCAAGAACUCGAAGAAGUACCGAAGGGGCAUAUACCUCUUCGUCGAUCUAUACAUCAUCGAGCCCAUCUGUACCGGCCUCCGAUUCUUGCACCUUGUCGUCAUCUUCGUCCCCGUAAUCAUCACCAUACCUGCGAUAUGGCUCGGUCAGAGGCAGCCGGGAAGUGAUAAUGAGAGAAGCGGCACGCUGUGGUGGUAUAGCUUCUUGGUCAUAAGUAUGGAACGGGCGGGUGCCGCCUUCAUCAAACUUGGGCAAUGGGCCGCCUCCCGAUCCGAUAUCUUUCCCACGGAGAUGUGCAAGACCAUGUCUACACUUCACUCCCACGCUCCGGCGCACUCGCUUGAGAUGACGAAGAAGACCGUAGAGGAAGCGUUCGACGGCCGCCGAUUCGAAGAGAUCUUCGACGAGUUUGACGAGGUUCCGCUGGGAGUGGGCGCUAUUGCACAGGUGUACAAGGCCAAACUGAAGCCAGAUCUCGCCACGUUGCAGCAAAAUACUGACGAAGAGCCUCCAAACCUACGCCAGCGGAUAAGGAAGAACGUGGAUCUCGCACUCAAGGACAUACCGCACAGGGUGCCCUCGAGCCAUGUCGCAGUCAAAGUGCUACACCCCAACGUAGAGCGUGUUGUGCGUAGAGACUUGCGCAUCAUGGGUUUCUUUGCUGCUAUCAUCAAUGCUAUACCGACUAUGGAGUGGCUAUCUUUCCCUGACGAGGUUGAGCAGUUUGGUGAGAUGAUGAGGCUACAGCUUGAUUUGCGCAUUGAAGCUGCCAAUCUAACUAUGUUCCGUCAAUAUUUCAAGGAGCGCAACACCGCCUGGUUCCCGUAUCCUUAUACAGAAUAUACAACGCGCAAUGUUCUAGUUGAGGAGUUUGCCCAAGGCAUUCCACUGGAAGAUUUUCUACGAAAUGGCGGAGGCCCGUUCCAAGAGGAUAUUGCGAACGAAGGCCUUAAUGCCUUCCUGACCAUGGUACUAAUCGACAAUUUCAUUCAUGCUGAUCUACACCCUGGAAAUAUCAUGGUCCGCUUCUAUCAGCCACAACAAUGUGACGUGGGACUCUUCACGCGCAAAGAAGACCGUACAACUGGCCCGAAGGACUCGCCAGAUGUGACCGAGGAGGUGCUCCGAAGACUCCGACCAUAUAAAAACAAACCUCAAGAAUGGAACAAGCGUCUUCAAGAGAUUGAUGACGAGGGCUACCGACCCCAGAUUAUCUUCAUUGAUACUGGUUUAGUUACUGAGCUCAACGCGAUCAACCGAACCAACUUCAUAGAUCUCUUCAAAGCGGUAGCUGAAUUUGAUGGCUAUAAGGCUGGGCAUCUCAUGGUUGAGAGGUGCAGACAACCCGAGGCGGUUAUCGAUUCUGAAGUGUUCGCACUGCGCAUGCAACACCUAGUUCUCGGCGUCAAGAGCCGGACGUUUGCUCUGGGCAACAUCAAGAUUGGUGAUAUCCUGAACGAAGUCUUAUCAAUGGUCCGCGGUCACCAUGUUCGCUUGGAGGGCGACUUUGUCAAUGUCGUGCUCAGCAUACUGUUACUGGAAGGCAUUGGUAGGAGCCUCAAUCCAAAUCUAGAUCUCUUUGCAGGGGCACUUCCUAUCCUGCGCCAGUUGGGUGCUCAGAGUGGCUCUGCCAUGGUACGCGGCGGCGACUUCUCGAUGCUUAGAGUCUGGGUGGGACUAGAAGCUCGCAGCUUCCUCCAAGCGUCUGUGGAAUCAGUUGAGAAAUGCGUAAAAUAUGAUCAACUAUCACCUAAUCUUUAG